AUGGCUGACAAAUCGGCAUACAUGUCCGCUGGAGGAUACGGAUCUGGAUACAUGGGAGCAAAUGCUUCAUCAUCUGGAUAUGCUCGGGAGGACUACGCUCAGGGUGGCGCUGGAGGAUCCGGAAAUCAGAAUCAGGGAGGAUCCGGUGGAAAUACCAAUCCAGGAGGACAAGUGUUCAAGGCACGUACCGAUCAAUCGUGUUACUUGGGACCAUAA